UGGCUAACCUGAAUUAUUUUCUGUUUACACUGGACGCUUGAUAAACUUCAAUUGAUAAAAUAAAAAUAAACAUCUUGGGAUAUUUUAAAACUAAAAUAAACAUAAUAUUGAUAAUCUAGGAAAGAAUAAAUAUGUAAUAUUUAUUAAACAUGUAAUCAUAUGGGUGAAACUUUAAACGAACGAAUAGAUAAUUUACGUAAACGAAGUAGAUUUUUAUUAGCAGAAGUAGAUAAGAAUUCUAAGAAAGUUAAAAACGAAAUUAAAAAAUUAUAUUCCCAAAAUUUGAAAUGUAGAGAAGAUUGUAAAAAUCAUGUUGGCAAAAUAAAUUCAUCAAACUUAUGUUACAAGAGAAAUAAUAAAUCAUGGAAAUUAAGAAAUGAUUCUAGUGGAGUGAGUGGAGCUUUGCAUUUAGAUUAUUUCUGUAAUACCUCUAAUCAAACGCUUACAUCAAUGCCCAACACAACGAAUGCUUCAACAACAAAGAAAACAUUAAUAUCUUCAAAAAAUCAUCCUAACAAUCAACACUGUUUAGACAUUCGCAGGAAACCAGUAAAAGGAUGUUAUUGCUCUGAAUUAAAAAAAAUACAACAAAAAUCAAUAAAAACACAAAGUAAAUCAUGUUCUUCUAGAAAAUGCAAAAGUCAUAUUCUUCCUGCUAUAGUAAUAGAAGACAAUUAUGACAAGUCAACUAUAUCUACACCCAUUAGUUGUGAAACAUUGAGAAGAGUUCAAAAGAUAGAUUAUGCACCCAAAUCUCAAUUUUUACGUAAUGUCAGAAGCAAAAUUUCUCUCCUGCAAUCAGCAGCAGGUGAUUGUCCACAGAUCUGUUCUAGAUCACAAUGUUACCAUGAACUUAUGACCAAAAAAGAUACAUACAUUCCAGACACUUAUAAAUGCAUAGAUAAAAUUACUCAUGAUUUAACAAGAUCAAAAGUCAAUGAAAAAUAUUCAAGUUCUGAAAAAAGUGAUAAAGGAAUUCAAGUAUCUUUAAAAAAUAAAUCAAAAUCUCUUUCUUCAACUUCUAUACCUUGUGUACCUAGUAUAUGUAAUAUAAAAAAAACAGAAGAUAAAAUAUGUCAAUGUCAGAAAGAAAAUUCGAAAGAUUCCAAAAAUGAUUUAGAAAAGAAGGAUAAUGCUGAUUCAGAAAAAUGUGAAAAAAAAUCUUUAAAAAAAUCAUUAGAUGAAAUUGAACAGAAACAUCUUUCUGAUAAAGAAAUGAGAGAUUUAAAUAAAUUUCGUGAAAAAAAUUACUUUGACACGCACGGAUCUAGUGAUAUUUUAGUAUCAUCUAAAUCUUCUGGUUCCUUGGAACAAUAUUUCUUAAAUGAUAGAUUAUUUCCUGAACGAUCAAGAAACAUUCAUAAGAAAGAUUUGGUUGUAACAAUGCCACCUUGCGUUACUACGCAACUAAAACGAAUACAUUAUUUCCCUAGAUAUAUCGUUCAUCAAGAAAAAAAUAAUUUUAAUACAAUUGGCAAAAAGAAACGUUGUCAAACCUGCCCUUUGACUGGCCAUGCCAUAGAUCUUGGCAUUACAAAAAUGAAAGUGCCUUUGAACAGUUUAGCCCUUAAAUAUCAAAAACGAUUAUCUUAAUCAAAAAAAUUACUUUUUUAUUACAAUAAAUAAAACUAGAAAGGAAUAAAGUAAAUGAAAAUCCUAAUAAUUUAA